GACUAAUUAGGCCACUCCCACGCACCUGACAUGUUCCCACAGCGGACAUUUAUUUUUCCCGCGCUAUCUGUAUCAGUAAGUGCUUAUUGUAACAAUGAUAUAAAACGAAGGUUCAGCAGGCAUUACAAAUAUUGCUCGGUUUUAGAUACAUAACGAUUUUAUCCAGUGGCCACCUGUCGUAAAGUCAUCUCACAUUUUAAAUAAUAUAAAUUAAGCUGUCCAUUUGACAAGGCGGCUCUGCACUACUACCGCCGGCGGAAAGGCAGUGUGUAAAUAUGGCCAAAGCGAAGCGGGGCCAGAAGGCCAAAGCUAAAAAGCCCAGACAGAGCUCGCAAAGUGACAACGAAGAUGGCCCCACCGAUACAUCCAAAAGGUCCCACAUGGCUGUGAAGCAGGAGGAAGGAGACUUUGCUCCCCAGCAGAUGGGGAGGAAGAGGAAGAGGCAAGACGUGCCCUCUGCCAUGGUUCAGAAAAAGACAACCUUAAAAAGGGAGGAUGGUGAGGUAAGCUCGGGGACACCAAGGAAGAGAGUCAAGAAGGAGGCCGAAGAGAAGAAGAUUGAGGAGGAAGAAGAGGGGCCCACCGUCUCUACCAAGCCGAAGAGGACCAAGAAAGAGAUUGAAGAGGCACGAGCUCUGAAGAUAAAGAAGAAGGAGGAAGAGGAGCAGCAACGUUGGAGAUGGUGGGAGGAGGAGAAAUAUGAGUACGGGGUAAAGUGGAAGGUUCUAGAACAUAAAGGACCGUGGUUCCCUCCUGAGUACCAGCCCCUGCCAAAGGAUGUUCGUUUUUACUAUGAUGGUCAGGAGGUGAAACUAAGCCCUGCAGCCGAGGAGGUGGCGCUGUUCUUUGCCCAGAUGCUGGACCACGAGUACACCACUAAGGAGGUGUUCCGGAACAACUUCUUCAAGGACUGGAGAAAGGAAAUGACCCACAAUGAGCGUGUACUGAUCCAGGACCUGAAUAAGUGUGACUUUGGGGAACUCCACAACAUGCAUAAGCAGAAGGUGGAGGCCAGGAAAAGCAUGACCAAGGAGGAGAAACUGGUGAUCAAAGAAGCCAACCAGAAGAUCGUGGAGGAGUACGGCUUCUGCCUGCUCGACCACCACAGAGAGCGCAUCGGCAACUUCAAGAUUGAGCCCCCGAGCCUCUUCAGGGGGCGCGGGGAGCACCCCAAGCAGGGCCAGCUUAAGAAGAGGAUCUGGCCCGAAGACGUCAUCAUCAACUGCAGCAAAGACUCGCGCAUCCCAGAGCCCCCGAAAGGUCACCACUGGAAGGAGGUUCGCCAUGACAACGGGGUGACGUGGCUGGCCAGCUGGACAGAGAACAUCCAGGGCUCCGUUAAAUACAUCAUGCUGAACGCCAACUCCAAACUCAAGGGGGAGAAGGACUGGGAGAAGUAUGAGGUGGCCCGCAGACUGAAGAGCUGUGUGGCCGGCAUUCGCCAGCACUACCAGGAAGACCUCAAGUCCAAACAGAUGGCCACUCGCCAGAGAGCCGUGGCCCUCUACUUCAUCGACAAGCUGGCUCUGAGAGCGGGUAAUGAGAAGGAGGAAGGAGAGACGGCCGACACGGUAGGCUGCUGCUCUCUCCGGGUGGAGCACCUCACCCUCCACGACCACCUGGAGGGGGAUGACUGGGUGGUGGAGUUUGACUUCCUGGGUAAAGAUUGUAUCCGCUACUACAACAAGGUCCCAGUCACCAAGCAGGUGUUUAAAAACUUGAAGCUGUUCAUGGAAAAUAAGCAAGGAGGGGACGAUGUCUUCGACCGCCUCAAUACAGGCUUGUUGAACAAGCACUUGAGUUCCCUUAUGCCAGGCCUGACUGCCAAGGUGUUCAGGACAUACAACGCCUCAAUCACCCUGCAACAGCAGCUCCGAGAGCUCUCCAACAUGACAAACAACCAGGCAGAGAAGAUGCUGUCUUACAACAGAGCCAACCGUGCAGUCGCAAUACUCUGUAACCACCAGCGGGCACCGCCAAAGAGCUUUGACCAGUCCAUGGCCAACCUACAGACUAAGAUCGAUGCCAGGAGGGAGCAGCUGGUCCUGGCCAAGACUAAUCUGAAGGAGGCCAAGAAGGAGGCCAAGUCCAGCUCCGACCCCAAGCUGCAGACGGCGGUGGAGCGCAAGAAGAAGGCCGUGGAGCGCUGUGAGGAGCAGCUGUUAAGGAUGGAGGUGCAGGCGACAGACCGGGAGGAGAACAAGCAGAUCGCUCUGGGCACCUCCAAACUCAACUACCUGGACCCACGCAUCAGUGUGGCCUGGUCAGAGACGAGCCCUCACUUCUCGCUCACCCCCUCUCCAACCCUUUCUCACACGCAAAGCAUACUUUCCAAGUACACACACUCUCACUCAUAUCAGACUUUAGCUGUGUUUUAUUCCCCAUAUUUGACACAAAUGUGGGGAAUAAGACACAGCUAUAGUCUAAGCUAAGACCAUUCAGUUGGCCUUAAACAUGAUCCGGGGACACGUUUGAUGUUGCGUUGUUCCUCUCUCCUGCAGGUGUAAGAACAUGGAGGUCCCCCUGGACAAGAUCUACAACAAGUCUCAGAGAGACAAGUUUGCCUGGGCCGUAGACAUGACCGAGACAGAC